AUGUCAAAUUUAAUAAAGUCAAGUUUAACAAGUGGACCGACAAAAAAAUCUUCAUACAAAGUUCCACUUCCACUGUCACUUUCUCCCUCUAUUUUAUCACGUUUUCUCUCCUAUUUCACCCCUUUUACUCUUUUUACUACUUCGACGAGAAAAAUUAAAGGUAAGUAUGACGAGAAAACUCAGGCGGUUAUAAUAUGUAACAGAGAAGACAUGGAAAAAUUAUGGAAAGAAGGAUUUUUCGGUAAAGGUAAUUUAAGUAGAAGUGAACCUACCUGGUUUUGGAGAAAUAGUAAUAAUGAUAAUGGAAAAGGAAAAAGAAAAGAAAAACAAAAGUUGGCAGCAGAACAAAUUACAGAGCAACGGAGAAUUGUUAGAAAGCGAAAUAAGAAGGGUCGAGUUAAUCAGGUUCAAAAUAUGAGUAAAGUUCAACAGAUAACUAAAGAGGAAGUACAGGAAAAGGAACAAGACGAAGAACAAACAAUAGAACAGACUUUAACACAAGAGGAAGAGAAUGUAUUAUUGGAGGAUAUAGAGACAUUGAUGUUAACAACACAAGAAGCGUUCUUUUUAUGUUAUGGUUUGGGAAUACUUGAUAUAUAUGAUUUGCAAGAUAAUCUAUUGAGUGCAGAAGAAAGUUGGAAAUCAUUUCAGAUUACAUCUAGUGGAUUUAUAAUUAGAUAUAUUGUGUAUCAUUAUUUUCGUAGUUUGGGAUGGGUUGUUAGGUGUGGUAUGAAAUUUGGAGUAGAUUAUGUACUAUACGAGAAAGGACCCGUAUUUAAACAUGCAGAGUACGCUGUAAUAAUAUUACCGAUUCACACUUCUCAGAAUUUUGAUAAUUCACAGGUUGAUGUUGAUUUUAGAAAUAAUUGCAUGACAUCAUGGAGCUGGAUGAUGAAUUUAAAUAGAGUUUGCGUACAAGUUAAAAAGUCAUUGGUUUUAUGUUAUGUAAUAAUUCCAUCAACCACAACUUAUCUUACUAUUACAGAGUGUAUAAAGGAAUAUAAAGUACGACACGUAUUAGUUAAAAGAUGCAUUCCAUCAAAACUCAAAUAA